AUGUCAUACCCGGAGAAGAAGACGGACGAUGAGUGGCGCGCCGUCCUGAGCAAAGACCAAUUCCGCGUCCUCCGAGAAAAGGGCACCGAGGCACCGGGCUCUCACAAGUUCGAUAAGUUCAUUCCUGGGUCUGGUGUCUUCACAUGUGCCGGCUGUGACGCGCCACUGUAUAAGGCAAACCACAAGUUCAAGUCGGGCUGCGGGUGGCCAGCCUAUUUCGACAGCAUCCCCGGUGCCGUCACUCGCCAUGAAGACCGAGCUUGGGGUAUGGCGCGGACCGAGAUCGUAUGCUCCAACUGCGGCGGUCACCUUGGCCACGUCUUCAAGGGCGAAGGUUAUGCGACCCCGACAGAUGAGAGACACUGUGUCAACGGUAUCAGCUUGAACUUCUCGCCUGAGGACACGCCGGUGCAGCCACCAAAGGACAGCAAGGCCUGA